AUGAGAAACGAUCACACCCCUCGAGAACGAGCCGUUCAUGUCACAAUCUCCUCCGAUAACCUUUUUCAUCUCUCUCUCUCUCUCGAACUCUCUCCUUCUGUCUUUUUGGUGGGCUAUGUACUCAUCGUCCUCUCCCUCCAAUUUUAUUCAAUUUCCACCGGCGAGGCAACCCCUGACCUCCAUACCCACCGUGUCUCCAUUCAUGCUCCGCCGGAGCUCUUACGGCUUCGGAAGCGUGCUCGUUUCAAGCGACAGAGUCGGAGCUUAGUUCUAGUGAAUUCCUCGUUUUUUCCUCCGCCGUUCGAUGGCAGCGUUCCUCUCGAUUCCUUAGCUCCCUCUGUUGCCGGCUUCGCUUCCGGCUUGGCGGUUUUUCUGUCCACAAGGCUAUUUGGAAGGUCUUUGGGGAUCAGUGAUAGAAGUAAAAGGAGCGUUGAGGAAGUUGUUGGGGAGUGGAUCCUUUUCACCAGCCCCACGCCGUUCAACAGAUUUGUUCUCCUCCGGUGCUCUCUGCUCUCGUUUGAUCUUGACGGCGGAGACGGCGAAUUUCUAGAGAGCCUGAGCGAUAGGCUCGUGAAGGAAGAUAGGCAUUUCGGCACUCCUGAGAGCGGGAAGAUCGCAAGGUCCGAAAAAGCUGCGGAGGAGGAGAAGCCGUUGGAGUAUCAGAGGGUCUGCAUCAGUACAGAGGACGGCGGCGUUGUUUCGCUCGACUGGCCGGCGAAUUUGGAUCUUAAGGAGGAGCGGGGGCUGGACACGACUGUGGUUCUGAUCCCCGGAACGCCGGAAGGAAGCAUGGAUGAAGGCGUUCGCUCAUUUGUAAGCGAGGCUCUGCGGCAGGGCGUGUUUCCGGUGGUGAUGAAUCCUAGAGGAUGUGCUGCUUCGCCUCUCACUACACCUCGGAUAUUCACAGCUGCUGAUAGUGAUGAUGUAUCCAUAGCUAUGCGGUUCUUAACCAAGACAAGGCCGUGGACGACACUAAUGGGUGUUGGCAUGGGAUAUGGUGCAAAUAUGCUGACAAAGUACCUGGCAGAAGCCGGGGAAAAAACACCUCUUACAGCUGCUGUAUGCAUAGAUACUCCCUUUGACCUUGAGGAGAUCACACGAACGUCUCCUUAUUCUACUAGUUUAGAUCGUCAGCUUACAGGUGGAUUGGUAGAGAUACUUCUGGCAAACAAGGAACUUUUCCAAGGCAGAGCAAAUGCCUUUGAUGUUGGAAAAGCUUUGGCUUCAAAAUCAGUCCGUGACUUUGACAAAGCCUUAUCCAUGGUGACAGAUGGUUUCGAGAGUGUAGAAGAUUUCUAUUCCAGUUGUGCCACCAGAGAUGUGAUUGGGGAAGUAAAAGUUCCUGUCCUCUUUAUACAGAAUGACGAUGUAGUGCCACUUUAUUCAACACCGCGUAGUUCGAUAGCUGAAAACCCAUUUACAAGUCUGCUUCUGUGCUCUUCUUCACCAAGUUUGACCGAUGGAUGUAGAGUGGCCUGGUUGACUGCUGUAGAGCUUGGGCUUCUGAAAGGUCGCCAUCCUCUUUUGAAAGACGUGGAUGUUACUGUUAACCCUUCAAAAGGCUUAGUUCUUUCGGAAGCCAAGGCAUUUGAAAAGGGUAUCACUGCCAAGAAGCUCCCGCAGGUAGCUCGGGGAAAGACGGUGAAUGGUUACCCUGUAGAUCCUUCCAGGGAAACACUUGAAGACAGUGACAUCACCUCAAAUUCUAGUUUGUCCUCUGGAACAGAGUUGGAGAAGAAUGUCAAAAUCGAUAGUGGAUCUGAUGAACCAGAAAACGGUGGAGUUUCAACAAGCGGUCCUGUCGAAGAUGAUGAAUCCAAUGAGGAAGAAAGUGAAAGAGGCCAGGUGUUGCAGACUGCAGAAGUGGUCGUGAAUAUGCUUGAUGUAACCAUGCCUGGCACCCUGAAAGCUGAAGAGAAGAAAAAGGUUAUGGAUGCUGUUGGUCGAGGAGAGACAGUUGUUAAAGCUUUGCAAGAUGCCGUGCCAGAAGAAGUUCGUGGGAAGCUAACAACAGCUGUAACUGAGAUCAUGCAGUCACCUGGCAGUAAGUUAAAUUUUCAAAAGCUUAAGCUUCCUAAUUUAUCACCCGGAAUGAAAAAAGUGGAGGAAGCAAAGAAAGAACCAUCAAGUCCCACAGGUCAAAAGGAUUCUCAUUCUCCUGAUCCGAUAAAUAAGAGCGAUGGUUUGGUGAAUGUAUCCUCAGAUAACGAUGUUGGUGGGUCGGACAUUUCUGCUGGUGGAACAGAACAUGAGCAUUCCUCUUCCGAGGCUUCCGAGAAAGACGGUAAUAAUGGAAAGUCCCAACCUGUCGACAGUGAUCAGGAUGAUAGUUCUGUCGUGACUAAGAAGGGUAAUGAUGAUAGUGUUGGAAAUAACGAGUCAUCUGCCAAUGAAAAGAUCAGUGCAGCUGAUGAUCUUGAGAAGGCUUCUGAAGCAAAGGUUGAUAUUACCAACCAGGGGCAGCCAAUUGGCACUGAGGAUGGAACAAGUGAUGAGGACAAAGUGGACCAAGCAUCUGUAAAGGCCAAGAGUCAAACAGAGGAGGAAACUAAUAAAAAUGAGGAGAAAGGAGCACCAAUGGCCAACGAAAAGUCCAGUGCAGCUGAUGGUUUUGAGAAGGCUUCAGAUACAAAAGUUGAUAGUACCAACGAAGGGCAGCCAAUUGGUGCAGACGAUGUUACUAGUAAUGAAGACAAAGUGGACCAAGGUGCUGUAUUAGCUCAGCAACCAAGAAAAGAGGAAACCAGUGGAAACGAUGAGAACAAAAAACAGUCUGCCACCGACCAAAACAAGGUGGCAUCUACUGACAACGAAGGAGAUGCUGGACAAUCUUCGCAAUCUGUAGAGAAACAAGAAAAUGAUGAUCAGAACAAAGAAACCAACAUUAUGCAACCUGUAUCUGACCAAACUAAGCCAGCAAUUCAGGAACCAGGACAGCCCAAACUUAAUGUUUCCCAAGCAUUUGAAGCACUGACGGGGAUGGAUGAUUCAACUCAGGUCGCUGUCAAUAGUGUUUUCGGUGUGCUCGAAAAUAUGAUUACUCAGCUGGAUGAAGAAAAGAAAGAAGGAAAUGAGGUAAGUGAUGUGAAGGUCACGGAUGAGAAGAAUGUCACAGAUGAGAAGAAUGCCACGGAUGAGAAGAAUGCCACGGAUGGGAAGAAUGUCACGGAUAAGAAGCUAAGACCUCCAUCUGAGAAGAAUGUCACGGAUAAGAAGAUAAUAGCUCCAUCUGAAGAGGAAACUCCCUACAAAAACGAAGGUUCUGACGAUGAUAAGACAAAUUGGGUGACAAAUGAAAAGCAUCUGGGCGGAGAUGAAUCUGUGAUUAGUAAGCAUCUACCAAAGAUUUUGCCUGCAAGAAAUGCAGAUUCUCUCGAGAAUUCUGAUGAAUCUGUGAUUGGUACGCAUCUACCAAAGAUUUUGCCUGCAAGAAAGGCAGAUUCUCUCGAGAAUUCUUCUAAUGAUGGUUACCUUGGUGAGGAACUUUCAAAAGAUCAGAUUGCAAAACAAUUAGACUUAGAUACAACCACUGCACUCAUGCUCGAUUAUUAUCCAGAGGAAGGUGAAUGGAAGCUCCUUGAUCAACAACCAGAAUACUUGAGUAAUGUUGCUGACAAUGCAGCAGCUAGCAGAGAUAAGCACGGAAAUGUUCAGGUUCAUUCACCUAGUGUAAGUAAUGAACAGAACAUCAUUGAGCCUUCAUAUGUGAUAUUGGACCAUGAACAAGAGGUGGAGCUCUCUGAACAGCGUGAUGCAGUGGACGAUCAAAGUGACGGUCUUCACAAAUUAGAUAAAGGGUGUGAUGAAUUAGAGCAUCUCAUAAAAGUUAUUGUAUCAGACUCUUUGAAUAUAGAAGUUCAACGCAGGAUGAAUUCAGCUGGCAUGAGACAAUUUAAGUCUCAACUCAGUCGAGAUAUAGAAAGGGUAGCAAAUACACUUUCUUUUGGUAUUGUAUAUUCAGAGCCCACUUGGACUUACGAAAGGAAUAGCAAAAAUUCCAACAUUCCUGCUGGAAAAGUAGGGAAACUUCGUGGGGACGCUGUCAUUAGGGCAAUUUCAUGUGCUGUUCAGGAGGCACAUUUUCUCAGGAAAGUAUUGCCUGUUGGUGUUGUUGUUGGCUCUGUUUUAGCUGCUCUGAGAAAAUAUUUCGAUGUAUCUACAACAUCCGACGACGCUAAGAGAGAUAUUGUCAGGGGUAGAGCACACGAAUAUGGGAACAAUGGUGCAACAAAGAGUGUUGUGCCAACCAAAACGAGCCAGAAGAGCAAAGAGAAGAAUUCGAGCAUUGGAGAAAUGAUGGAAUCUGGCUUGCAAAAUAUCAGCAAUGAGCCUGUUAUGGUUGGUGCUGUGACAGCUGCUCUGGGUGCAUCUGCUAUGCUGGUUCAGCAUGAGGAUCCACAAAGCGGUGGCAUCAUGUCUAAACCAUCGGAGCAAGGAAGUAAACAGAAAGAUCAGGGCGGUAUGGUGGCAAGUUUUGCUGAGAAAGCCAUGUCCAUAGCUGGUCCUGCGGUUCCAACAAAGGAAAGUGGUGAAGUGGAUCAAGAAAGGAUUGUGACAAUGUUGGCAGAUUUGGGUCAGAGAGGUGGCAUAUUGAGGCUAGUUGGGAAACUUGCCCUCCUUUGGGGUGGCCUUCGUGGUGCUAUGAGUCUAACUGAUAAACUAAUCCAAUUUCUGCGUAUGGAUGAGUGGCCCUUACUGAAGAGGGUUGUGGGCUUUGUUGGAAUGGUACUCGUUUUAUGGUCACCGGUGGUGAUUCCAUUGCUUCCAACACUUCUACAGAGCUGGUCCACAAGUACUCCAUCUAGAAUGGCGGAACUUGCUAGUGUGGUUGGCCUCUAUGUUGCUGUUUUUAUUCUUGUCAUGCUGUGGGGAAAGAGAGUACGGAAGUAUGAAAACCCAUUUAAGCAAUAUGGGCUUGAUUUCAAGUCAUCAGUCAAAAAACAGAUUCAAGAGUUUUUGAAGGCCUUGGCAGGGGGAGUCAUAGUCGUUCUAUUAAUACAGUCUAUAAAUACAAUAUUAGGAGCUGCGAUUUUAUCUCGGCCACCAUAUCUUCCACAUCCUUUCGACGCCAUGAAGUGGCUUAAGGGAUCCGUGCAGCUACUUCUUGUGAUAGUCAAGGGAUUCACAGCUGCGACAUUUGUUGUAUUUGUGGAAGAGUUGCUCUUCAGAUCAUGGAUGCCUAAUGAGAUUGCUAUAGAUAUGGGAUACCAUCAAAGCAUUAUCAUUACAGGGCUCGUAUUUGCCUUGUUCCAGAGAUCCCUGAGAUCAAUUCCAGGGCUAUGGCUUCUGUCGUUGGGGCUCGCAGGGGCUCGUGAAAGAAGCCAAGGGAAUCUGAUUGUUCCAAUAGGGUUGCGAACAGGAAUGAUAGCAGCAAGCUUUGUACUACACACAGGUGGAUUCCUCACGUACAACCCGAGUUCCCCAGUUUGGAUCGCAGGGAACCGCCCGUUACAGCCUUUUAGCGGAGUGGUUGGUUUUGUGGUCUCUUUGGCGAUGGCACUUGCUCUUUAUCCCAGACAUUCUCCAGAGACCAAGAUGCAGAAAUAUAAUUAAGAAGAAGAAGAAGAAGAAGCCAAAACAAUAAGGUAAGGCUUUUUGUGCUCACAUGCCCUCUCUGUGAUUAACAGAGUGAAAACUGAUUUACGGUGCGCCGAAGGAUACAGAAAGGAGUAGAUAAAAAGUAAAAAAGGUGGGGACAUCCUCUGAUUCAGUCUUGUAAGUAGGAAGCAUAAGACCCCAUGUGUAGAUCUUCUGUACCUAGUAUAGUGUAUUUUUUAGAUACAACUUAUCAUAACAGUGUAUACAUAAUAAUAAUAUAUAGAAGUUGUAUAUGAUGCAUCUUAAAAGCU